AUGCGGCGCUCACUUUUCCGUCGGGCUGCCGCCGCAAAGCCCGCGCAGAGCCUGACCCACCUGGAAAUCUUCACACAGCUCCAGCUGGGCAUCCACCCCCCGCUGAGCGCGCAGCGCCAGUUUAUUCAGCAGCACUUUGAGGAAGAAAUGGACCGCCGGGGCAUUACAGAGGCCAAGCUGUUGGCGAUGGAGGGGCGCCUCUGCACGCGCCUGCUCCGUCAGCUGCUGUUUGAGCGGUACCUCUCCGUGCCGUUUCGCCUCUUCACAUUUGACUUGGAGUUUUCGGGCCCCCCCGUGUUCGGGCCGGACGGCCCCACGGAGGACAUCAUCGAAUUCGGCUUCUACUCUCCCGCGCACGACGCAGCGUCCUCCUUCCUGGUGAGGCCCACCAGCGGCCGCCGUGUCUCGAGUGAGGUCACCGCGCUGACCGGGAUUACCCCGGCGAUGCUGGAGGAGGAGGGGCUGCCGUUUCAGGAGGCGUGGCAGCGGGUGCUGGAGGUCCUCGCGACUCCGGAGCCGCAGGAGCUCCCCGGCGCAGAGCACCGGCUGCUCGCGCUGAGCCACGGCGGCAAGCUGGCCGACGUCUCCCUCAUCAAGUGGACGCUGGAGGCGCACGGCCUGGAGCUCCCCCCCGCGUUGGUCUUUGGCGACACCUUCCACCUCAUCCGCGACGCCCACCGCCGCCGCCCCGUGACGCCGGACAAGCACCCGCCCUCGUGGGGUUUAGAGGAUCUCGUGCAGUGGCUAAAGAUCCCGCCCACGCUCCCGGCGCACCGCGCCGGCAACGACGCGAAGAUGACGUGGGACGCGCUGUACCACACGCUCGAACGCUACGGCGACGAGGACCUCACGCCGCGUGAGCAGCUGGUCUCGCGCUUCUUCGACGAGGAGGCGAGAGCGGCCAUGAGUCAAUGCAGCCAACGGCAGUACCUGGACGCUGACGGCACGCUGGCGACGGAAGGCGCGAACGCGGAGACCGCCAUGAGCAACUCGCUCGACCUCGACUUUGAUGACAUUUUUGCCCCCGGCGGAAAGCAGCGAGGUGCGGCUGCCGCCGCGGACGCGCCGACGGGGGCGGAUGCGGCAGACGCCGAAGAAGGCGAGGGAGAAGGGGCAGAGGCCGGGCGCCGUGCACGGGAACUGGAGCAGCACCCCCACGUGCAGGAAUUUGUGAUUUAA